AUGCAAAGAGUAUUAAGAAUUCCAACUUUGAGAAAUAGUGCUGCUCUUAGAUUGAUGUCCACUUCUGCACACCCACAACCUUCCAUUGGUAGAUUUACUGGUAAACCAGAUCCAACUACUGGCAAAUUUAACGUUUCCUUUAUUGAAGGUGAUGGUAUUGGUCCAGAAAUUUCUCAAGCUGUUAAAGACAUCUUUAAAGCUGCAGAUGUCCCUGUUCAAUGGGAAUUUUGUGACGUUUCUCCAAUAUUUGUCAAUGGAUUAACCACAAUUCCAGAUAAAGCUGUUCAAUCUAUUAGUAAAAAUUUAGUUGCAUUGAAAGGUCCUUUAGCUACACCAAUUGGUAAAGGUCACAGAUCUUUAAACCUAACUUUAAGAAAAACUUUUGGUCUUUUCGCUAAUGUUCGUCCAGCUAAAUCUAUCGCUGGAUUUAAGACUACUUAUUCUGAUGUUGAUUUGGUUCUUAUCAGAGAAAAUACUGAAGGUGAAUACUCUGGUAUUGAACACGUAGUAACACCAGGUGUUGUCCAAUCUAUUAAAUUGAUUACAAGAGAAGCAUCCGAAAGAGUCAUUAAAUACGCUUUUGAAUACGCUAGAGCCAUUGGUAGACCAAGAGUUAUUGUAGUUCAUAAAUCUACUAUCCAAAGAUUAUCCGAUGGUUUAUUCGUAGAUGUCGCUAAAGAAUUAUCCAAAGAUUAUCCAGACAUUCAAUUAGAAUUACAAUUGAUAGAUAACAAAGUUUUGAAUGUUGUCACUAACCCAGCUUCAUAUUCUGAUGCCGUCUCUGUUUGUCCAAACUUGUACGGUGAUAUCUUAUCCGAUUUAAAUUCCGGUUUAAGUGCUGGUUCUUUAGGUUUAACACCAUCCGCUAACAUUGGUAACAAGAUCUCUAUCUUUGAAGCCGUCCAUGGUUCUGCACCAGAUAUUGCAGGUAAGAACAUGGCUAAUCCAACUGCUCUAUUACUAUCAUCUGUAAUGAUGCUAAACCACAUGGGUUUAAAUGCUCAUGCUGACAAGAUCCAGGAUGCUGUUCUAUCAACCAUCGCAUCCAGUUCAGAAAACAGAACUGGUGAUCUUGGUGGUUCUGCUACAACAUCUUCUUUCACAGAAGCUGUUAUCAACAAGUUGUAA